AUGAUGGAAGCUACUCUUAAGCUGUAAAGUUUUUAUUCAUAAUAGAUCGAACUCUUGGAAGCAAUAAUUGAAAAUGACAAUUAAAACAUUGAAGCCUAUAACUUAUUAGCCUAUGCUAUAAAAAACGAUUUAGAGAAUACGACUGAUGCAUAUAUGCGUAGUUUAGAAAUCAUGCACAGAGCAUUAGAAAUUUUGCCAAAUAACACACUUACACUGUUCAAUAUGGCUUCUACUUAUUAUGAGAUGCAAGAUUUUCCCUAAGCUAUAAAUUACUACUAACAACUCAUUUAAAUCAAUAAGGUUAAUGACUAUCGUGCUUUUUUUAACUUAGCUAUGUGUUAUGAAAAAGCUGGGGAAAACUAAUAAGCUUUGGAAAUGUAUCAGCAAUCCAUUCGAAGCAAUCCGAAUUUCUCGAGUGCUGUUAUAAAUUAUUCAAAUUUGUUAAUGCAAAUGGGUAAGCAAGCUCAAGCUAGAUACACUUUAGAAAACUAUCUAAAAAAUAAUAAAGGUGAUAUGAGAGCCUUGAACAAUCUAAAUAUCAUUUUAGCUGAAAAAUAAAUAGAUUAAAAGGUUGAAGAAAAUUUUAAAAAAAUUAAUCAGAGUGGGGCCAUAACAAGUGUGUAUAAUAAUGGUGUGUUUUUAUCAAAAUAAGGAAAACUCUAAGAAGCCUUAUAAAUUUUCAAAUAGCUCGUAGAUAAGCUCAAAGAUGAAGUGGAAGAACCACUUUUGCUAUUAUCCCAUGUAAAUCAAGGAGUAUUGUUCGAAAAGCUGAAUGAUUUUGAUGCCGCAAUCUAGAAGUAUAACUAUAUUUUAGAUAAGUUUUCUAAAGAAAUAAACAGCGAAGAGUUUUUAUAGAGAAUAGCAGAAUUGAAAUAAAAAGAAAAAGAAAGAUAAAAACUAUUUCCUCCAAAAAUUAUGAGCAAAACCUAAACAUAAUGGAAGUAACCACAAUAGCAACAAUAACAAGCUUAAGCUAAAAUAAACAAUUUAAUGAAACAAUCACCUGAUAAAUAUAAGUAAUAAUAGCCAGCCUUAGUUCCUAUUAACAAUAACAAUAAUAAAAAAUAAUAAUAACUUGUUCAGGUUUAAAAAUAGCCCUAAUAAUUAAUUUAAAGUUAACCCCAUCCUUUUAGCUAACAACAACAAAGAUAAAAUUAACAAUAAUAAUAGCAAUUUCCUCAAUAGCCACGAAAACCAUCAGGAACUAAAAUUAUAUCCAAUCAACAAAGCAUACAAAGUGAUAAGAUUUCAUCUUAAUAAUAAUUUGAUGAACAUCAAUCAAGCAUUGAACAGAUAUCAAUGGUGUAACCUGUAGAUACUGGAUAAAGAUUUGUGAAGGUAAGUUCUUUAAAGCUUGAACAAUAAAAAAAUCAUUCAGGAGAUAAUUCACAGCAUCAGAAGUUUCAUGAAGAAAGUAGUAACGAAAUGAAUAAUGAAAUUCCAAACUAAUAAAGAACAAAGACAGAAGAAUAAGGAAAAGCUAAAAAUUAAUUUAAAGAAAAAUUUGGUUUUUCGGAAUCGCACCCUGAUCAAGAACCUUAAUAACCCAAAGAAUAAUUUACAUUCUAAGGAAAUUCAGAUCCCUAUAGACUAUCUUCAAUUAAGGAGAGAUCUAUGGAAAUCGGAGAAUCAUAAAGAGUUAAGACUGAUAAAUAAAAAACUCAAGACAAGAAUUAGAAGACUAUUAUUGAUGAAGUUAAUGAAGGUACUAAACAACAGAGUUCAAAAGUUUCUUUGGAUUUACAAAACAAAGAGUUAGUAGUUGAAGUAGAGGAAAACUAAGUUACUUUUAAACCAAAAGAAGUUGAAAAAUAAGGAGCCUCUCUCGAACAGCAGUAAAUGAAGAGCUAAAAGAAACCGAUUAUUUAACAAAAUUAUAAAGAGUCGAUAUAAAAAUAGAAAGAUGAUGAUAUAGAAAAACCUAUUGAUGAAUCAUCUUAAAAUUAAGCUAAUGAUAACACGAUUUCUAAAAUACCAAAUACAGAUUCUCAACAAUAAUUCAAAGAUAAAAAUAAUAAAUAAAUUUAAAUCGCCAAUUUAGACAAUAAACAAUCAUAAAAAGAGCAAACAUAAUCUAUUUCAUAAAAAGAACCUCAAAAAAUAGAAAAUCCUUAAAAUUAACAAAAUAAUUAAUAGAAAUAGAAAGUUAACAAUUUAUAAUAGAAUAAAUCAUCUGAUUAAAAUAACCUAGAAAAUAAAAAAGAUCUAUUGUAAAACUAGCAAGAGAACAAUUAAGUUUAAAAAAUUGAAACAACCUAAGAUGGUAAUAAAAAUUAAUUUUUAAGAAAAUAAAAUACUAAUUAAUAAUAAGAUAAAGAUUAGCAAUAAGAGACAUAAUAAGAACAUUAAAUAUAAAAGGAUGGCUAAUAGAAUAAAUUAGUAGAGGAAGAAAAAGAGAAAGAUAGAUAACUUGAAUUAUAAAGGUAAUAAGAAAAACAGUAAGCUGAACAAUAGAAAAGAUUAGAAGAGGAAUAAAAGGAAUAAGAGAAAAAAGAUAGAUAAUUAGAAUUGUAAAAGGAUUAAGAAAGAUAAUAAGCUGAAUAAUAGAACAAAUUAGAAGAAGAAUAAAAAGAGAAAGAAAGGUAGCUAGAGUUAUAAAAAGAAUAAUAAAGACAAUAAGCUGAAUAAUAGAAGAAAUUAGAUGAAGAAUAAAAAGAGAAAGAAAGAUAAUUAUAAUUGUAAAAAGAAUAAGAAAGACAAUAAGCUGAAUAAUAGAAGAAAUUAGAAGAGGAGUAAAAAGAGAAAGAAAGGUAGCUUGAAUUAUAAAAAGAAUAAGAACGAUAAUAAGCAGAAUAAUAGAAAAAACUAGAAGAAGAAUAAAAGGAGAAAGAAAGAUAAUUAGAAUUAUAAAAACAAUAAGAACAACAAUAAGCUGAACAAUAGAAGAAAUUAGAAGAUGAAUAAAAAGAAAAGAAUAGGUAACUUGAAUUAUAAAAGGAAUAAGAAAGAUAAUAAGCAGAAUAAUAGAAGAAACUAGAAGAAGAAUAAAAGGAGAAAGAAAGAUAAUUAGAAUUGUAAAAGGAAUAAGAAAGACAAUAGGCAGAACAGUAAAAGAAAAUAGAAGAAGAAUAAAAGGAAUAGGAAAGGUAAUUAGAAAUAUAGAAAGAAUAAGAAAGGUAAUAAGCUGAACAAUAGAAGAAAUUAGACGAAGAAUAAAAAGAAAAAGAAAGAUAAUUAGAAUUAUAGAAAGAAUAAGAAAGAUAAUAAGUAGAAUAAUAGAAAAAACUAGAAGAGGAGUAAAAGGAAAAGGAAAGGAAAUUAGAAUAAUAGAAAGAGUAAGAAAAAUAAUAGGCUGAAUAAAAGAAGAAAUUGGAAGAGGAAGAAAAAGAAAGAUAACUUGAAAUGUAGAAAGAACAAGAAAGGUAAUAGGCUGAACAAUAGAAGAAGUUGGAAGAAGAAUAAAAAGAGAAAGAAAGGUAAUUAGAAUUGUAAAAAGGAUAAGAAUUACAAUAGGUAGAAUAAUAAAAGAAAAUAGAUGAAGAAUAAAAAGAAAAGGAAAGGUCACUUGGAUUAUAAAAGGAAUAAGAAAACUAGUAGGCAGAAUAAUAGAAAUUAUUAGAAGAAGAGAAUAAGGAAAAGGAAAGAUAACUUUAACUAUAAAAGGAAUAAGAGCCACAAUAAGCUGAAUAAUAGAAGAAACUAGAGGAGGAGCAAAAAGAAAAGGAAAGAUAAUUAGAAUAACAGAAAGAAUAAGAUAGAUAAAAAGUUGAAUAGUCGAAGAAAUUGGAAGAGGAAUAAAAGGAAAAGGAAAGGUAAAUAGAAUUGUAGAAAGUAUAAGAAAAUUAAUAGACUGAACAAUAGAAGAGAUUGGAAGAAGAAUAAAAAGAGAAGGAAAGAUAAUUAUAAUUAUAAAGAGAAUAAGAACAACAAGCUGAACAGUAGAAGAAAUUAGAAGAAGAAUAAUAGGAAAAAGAAAGAUAACUUGAAUUAUAAAAAUAAUAAGCUGAAUAAUAGAAGAAAUAAGAAGAAGAAUAAAAAGAGAAAGAAAGGUAGCUAGAGUUAUAAAAAGAAUAAGACAGAUAAUAAGCAGAAGAAUAAAAGAAAAUAGAAGAGGAGUAAAAGGCAAAGGAAUUGUAAUUAGAAUAAUAGAAAGAAUAAGAAAGAUAAUAAGCUGAACAAUAAAAAAAAUUGGAAGAAGAAUAACAAGAAAAGGAGAGAUAACUUGAAUUAUAAAAAGAAUAAGAAAAAUAAUAAGCAGAAUAAUAGAAGAGAUUGGAAGAAGAAUAAAAAGAGAAGGAAAGAUAAUUAGAAUUAUAAAAAGAAUAAGAACGACAAUAAGCCGAAUAAUAGAAGAAAUUAGAAGAAGAAUAAAAAGAGAAAGAAAGGUAGCUUGAAUUAUAAAAAGAAUAAGAAAGAUAAUAAGCUGAACAAUAGAAGAAAUUGGAAGAGGAAUAAAAAGAAAAGGAGAGAUAACUAGAAUUAUAAAAAGAAUAAGAAAGACAAUUAGCUGAACAAUAGAAAAAAUUAGAAGAGGAGUAAAAGGAAAAGGAAAGAUAGUUAGAAUUAUAAAAAGAAUAAGAAAGAUAAUAAGCUGAAUAAUAGAAGAAAUUAGAAGAAGAGUAAAAAGAGAAAGAAAGGUAGCUUGAAUUAUAAAAAGAAUAAGAACGAUAAUAAGCAGAAUAAUAGAAAAAACUAGAAGAAGAAUAAAAGGAGAAAGAAAGAUAAUUAGAAUUAUAAAAACAAUAAGAACAACAAUAAGCUGAACAGUAGAAGAAACUUGAAGAAGAAUAAAAGGAAAAGGAAAGAUAACUUGAAUUAUAAAAAGAAUAAGAAAGACAACAAGUUGAACAAUAAAAAAAAUUAGAAGAAGAUUAAAAAGAAAAAGAAAGAUAGCUAGAAUUGUAAAAGGAAUAAGAAAAACAAUAGGCAGAAUAAUAGCAAAUAGACUAAUAAUAAUAAUAAAAAGAAAUUGUUAUUAAUUAAGACUAACUACAGUAACCAUAGCAUAAUGCAGAACCAUAAUCUCAUCCAGUAUCUCUAUAAUAAUCUUAAUUAAUAGAUUAGAAUGCUUAAAAUUAAAAUAAUAAUAAUAACAAUUCUUUAAAGCAAUAAACAUUUGGUGAUUUAUCUAAAAUCGAUUAGGAACCUGGAAAAUCUCCCAGCGAAAUACAAAAAUCUGAAAGUUAACAUUCAAGAAAAUUUGUUUAAGAACCCAGUAUCAUGAUUAAAACUCCUCCAAAAUAAUAACAAAAAACAUUCGAAACAUUUAACGAAGAAAAAGUAGUUUAAGCAGAAUAAAUAGCUUCUCCAAAGGAAGUAAAAAUUGGAAAUGAUAUUCCUUAAUAUAAUUAAACUGGAACUUUUGUUGGUUUAUCUGAGCAAUAAAUACCUGACACUCGUCGUAAAGAAGGAUCAGAUAAUUAAUCUUAAGGUGAAUAGCAAUAAGAAAUAAAGCAAUAAAAUGAUUAAAAAACUGAUAAAACAGUAUCUAGAUCAUCAAUUUAAAAAGUUAAUUCAAGACCACCAUCUUCCAAAGGUUAAGAAAAGAAAGCUCCCUUGACAUUAGAAUAAUAAUAAUAGUAGGAAUCUGCUUAAACUAAUAGAUCAGAAUAACCUCAUGAUAAAGAGAAAACACAAUCAAAGGAGAUAAUAUAAUAAGAGUAAAAUGAAAGUCAAUCAUAAAAGCCUUAGUCACAAUCUGGAAUAAGAUCUAUUAAGAGUGCAGGAAAAAGGGGUGAGAAAACAAAUCCAGAAUAGCCUUCUUAAAAAGAAGGAGAUAAUACCUAAUAACCUGAUUAAACUAAUUCAGUAAAGAAAUCUAAUAAAAUUACUCCUAAAAUAUAAUCAAGACCUUUAUCUGGAGCAAAUUAGCCAAUUGAGUUAAGUAGACCAAAUUCGACAAAAAACUCAGUUAAAAAAAUUACCAUUGAAUAACAAUAGAUGAAACAAGAAUAAUCUAACCAAUAAGAUAAUAAGCCCCCAGAACUUACAGAAUCUUAAUUAUCUAUAGAAGAUGCAAAAAGACUAACUUAAACAAUGUCUUAGUAAGAUCUGCCAGUAAAGUAAUUGUAAGAAACAGCAUCUCAUCCCUAACUGUAAUAAUAAGCAAAUCCUCAAACCUAGAACUAAUAACAGAGUUCAAAAAACAAUUCAAGAAUUUAAUCAGGAAAAUCGUUAUAAAAGUCUGAUCGCACUCAAAAAAAAGUAGAAUAGCCAAAUCAAGAUUCUACUUAAUAAUUGGAAAAAGAUUAAUAGCCACAAACUAAAAGUGAGGAUCAAAAUAAAGAAAUUAAAGAUUCAAACACAAUUAAAUCAGAAGGAAAAAGCAAAGGUGGGUCAAAUAAAUCUUCUAAUGCAUAAUAAUAACCAAUUUAGAAUGAAGAAAGUAAACCUUAAAGUGCUAAAGAUAAACAAAAACCAGUGACUAAAGAGUAGCAAUAACCUGUAUAAAAUUAAGAUGAACAAGUCUUUCGUUAAUAGCAAACAAUAGAGUAGAUUAAAGAUAAGGCAAAUCAGGAAGACAUUCCAUAAAUUAAAGUUCAAAGUCCUCAUAGUUCUAUGAAGGGAAGCCAAGAUAUGAAUUAGCUUGAAGCUUCUUUACAUAAAGAUGAUUAAGUGGUAGAAUAAGAAUAAGAGUAAGUAGUAGAGCAAAAUUAGGAUAUUCAAGAGGUCAGAUCUUCAAAUUAACAAGAUUAGGAAUAAGCAAAUGAAAAUGCUAUUUAAUAAAAUAAUGAAUAAGAAAAAUAAGAACAAAAUAAUGAUUAGGAUGUAAAAGGUCCAAAAUCAGAAUAAAAUGGUUAAGAAGAACAGGAAGGAAUGAAGUCUUCUGAUAGUAAUAGGUCGUAAAAAACUAAUAAAGAUGGUGGUUAGGAUGAAGUUUUGGAAAAACCUGCUGAAGUUUUAUUAGUCCCAGAAAGUCGACCCAAGACAUUGGUUUAUUAAAAUUCGAGUAGCCUUGAAUCUUAACCUCAAUAAGAGUUGCAAUCGUAGACAAAGCUGGGUCAUAGCGAUACACAAUAAUUUGCUGAAACACAAAAGAAGAUUGCAAAAGUUAUUAGAUACCCUGAAAACUUUGAGGAUUGGACUAUAGAAGAUUGUUUAAGAAGACUAGAAGAAGAUCCUAAUGAUAUCUUUCCUAUGUUCAGAUUGGCUAUACUUUAUACAGAUGAUUUAGAAAAGGCCAAGGAAUACCUUUUAAAAGUGACUGAAAUGGACCCAUUAUUUGAGGUUGAAAAAGUAAAUUGGGCUUUAGGAACAAUUUUCGUCUCAGAAAAAGAAUGGAAAAGAGCUCUACAUCACUUCAGAAUAGGCUAUCAAUAUAGUUAAGAUAGAGCUAAAUCAUAUUUAGAAAUAGCCAGAUGUUAUUAAAAAUUGGGGGAGUUUGAGAAAGCAGAAAGAACAUAUAGAAGAGCCAUUGAUGCCAAUAAUAAAGAUUAUCUGCCUUAUUAUAAGUUGGGAUGGAUGCAAAUAAAGAAUAAGUAAUUAAAGGAAGGAAUAGAUAAUUUAUCAAAAGCAUAAACCCUUGAUUAUUAAAAUAUGGACAUCAUUAUAAAAUUAGGAGAAUCUUUAAUGAUUUAUGAUGAAGAUCCUACAGCUGUAGAUGAGGCUGUUAUUGUAUUACAUAAAGGAAUGAUAGUAGAUCCAUUAAAUUAUGAAUGCACUAAUGCGCUGGCUAGAGCAUAUGAAAAGAAGGGAGACUUAGUCAAUGCUAUUAAAUAUGGAAAGUUAGCAACAGAAUAGCCAAAUUCAAAUUCAAACUCACAUUAUUUUUUAGGAACUUUAUAUAUGAAGAAGAAGGAUUUCAAAAGUGCUGCCGAAUCAUUUAGAACUUUAUUGAGAAUAAAUAACGAGCACCCGGAGGCUCUAAUUGAAUAUGCAACUAUUUCAAGCAUAUAAGGUAAUUUCGAAAAAGCAAAAAAAUACUUGAAACAUGCAUUAAAAUCAAGUCCAAAUAACCCAGUUGCAAAUAUGAGAUUAGGUAGAAUUUAUUAAACGAAAUUAAAUGAAUUAAACUCAGCAAUUGAAUGCUUUGCAAAGGUUUCUAGAGUAGAUCCAACAAAUUAUAAAGCUUAUUAUUAUAUGGGUUAAUGUUAUAUUUAGAAAGGAGAGCUAAAUAAAGGAAUUGAAAAUAUGAAUAUGUCUUUAAAGCACAAUCAAUCUUUUGGACUGGCUUGGAAAGCUGUUGGUAAUAUUAUGUAUGAGAAGAAUCAGCCAGCUAAAGCUCUAAGAUAUUUCUAAAAAGCCAUUGAUUCAGAUAAAAAUGAUAUGGAAGCUAAGAUUGGGUUGGGAAAUUGUUAUUAUUUACAGGAACAAUUUGAAUAAGCUAUUUAGAUUUAUGAAGAAAUAAGUCAUUUGGAUCAAAAUGAAGAAUUAGAAUACAAUAUGGCAAAUUGUUAUUAUAUGAAAAAUGAUUUUGAGGAAGCGGUAUUGCAUUAUUAGAAAGCAUUAAGCAUAAAUCCUGAUAAAAUAGAAUGUUAUUAUAAUUUAGGAAAUACAUAUUGUAUUAUGGAAAAAUUCGAAGAAGCCUUAGAAUGCUUUGAGAGAGUGGUAAAGGAUGAUCCUAAACAUUCAGCAGCCUUCUAUAAUUAUGCAAAUACAUUCUUUGUUUUAUAAGAUUAUGAAAAUGCAGCUAAAUACUUUGAAAAGGCUGUUGAGUUAUAGCCUGAAAAUGUUGAUUGGAGGAAUUACGUAGCUUAAUUAUAUAUAGAGAAGGGUGAUCUUAAUGCAGCAAAAAGACAUUUAGAUGAAAGCAUGAGAUUGUAGCCUAGGAAUCCUGACACCUUAGUUAGAUAUGCAAAUUACUAUUAUCAAAUAGGAAACUACAAAGAGGCUAUUUAAAAAGCAAAAUAAACCUUGGCAUUAGAUGAAGCAAAUGAUGAAGCUAAAUCAUUAAUUAGAGAACUUACUAAAUGA